AUGGACCAGUGCCUACAUGGUCACCAGCUUUUCUGCCAUAUCCAGAUGGCAGCCAAUAUCCCAAUAACAUUCAGACCUCCGACUCCUCACAUUGCUACAAGCUCCAAAACGAGCGCAAGGGGUUGUUCAAAGGAUAGACCCGAUUGUAGAGAAACUAAAGUGCCAUGUACAAACUCAACUGUUGAUGAAGAAAGUAAAGAGGAUAGAUCCGAAUCAGGAGAAACCGACGAUUGCACUACCGGUUCCGGUUCACCACAGUUAGUGCAAACGGAUGGUGAUGAUAUAAUUGAGGAGCCAAGGUUGGGGAUGAAAUUCAAUUCUUUUGAAGAUUUACAUAUAUAUUAUAAGGAUUAUGAUAAGAAAUGCGGGUUUGGGGUGAUGACACAAAGGAGUGAGAGGGGAGAUGAUCAAAGUAUCAGAUAUGUCACUCUUGGUUGUGCCCGUGGAGGGAAGGCCCGGAUUAAGGGUUUGAACGUCGCAACACCACGCCUGACAGGAAAUACGGAUUGUAAGGCAAGGAUUAAUACCUUAAAGGUUGAUGGAAAGAUGCGGUUGACAACAAUCCAUAAUACACAUAAUUACGGCCUCAGUCCAAAGAAAUCUCGCUUCUUUCGUUGUAACAGAGAAGUGAGUGAGAUUGUAAAAAGAGUCCUAGAUACAAACGACUUGGCUGAGAUCUGGAUGAAUAAGAGUUUCGGAUCUCUUGUCGUUGGUGCAGGUGGCUUCGAGAACCUCCUGUUUUUGGAAAAUAAUUGUCGUAAUUAUAUAGACAAGGCACGUCAUCUACGACUUGGUGCAGGUGGUGCUGAAGCACUUCGAGAUUAUUUUUUAAGGAUGCAGUACAAGAAUAAUGGUUUUUUUGCGUCGAUGGACUUAAGUGAUGAUGGGAGGCUAAAUAAUGUAUUUUGGGCAGAUCCACGCAGUAGGGCUGCCUACCAGUAUUUUGGUGAUGUCGUCACAUUCGACACCGCAUACCUCAUGAAUAGAUAUGGGAUGUCGUUUGCACCAUUUGUUGGUGUAAACCACCACGGACAAUCCAUUAUUUUGGGAGCGGGUUUGAUUUCAAGUGAGGAUACAGAGACCUUUACAUGGUUAUUCCAGACAUGGUUGCAGUGUAUGGAUGGUAUACCUCCAAAAGCUAUUAUUACUGAUCAAGAUAGAGCAAUGAAAAACGCAAUUGCUAAUGUCUUUCCAGAAAGUCGGCAUAGAUUCUGUUUAUGA